AUGCCUCUUAUCAAAUCACUCCGCAAAGUCACUAAAAAACUCUCAAACCAGCUGGCGGGAUCUCUUCAUGUCAAGGGAAGAAAAUUUAAGCAGCUUAAUAGAGCCACGGAAAGAGAACAUAAGUUAAAGAUUAGAAAGCUUCAAUUUGCUGAACAGAAAAAUCAUGAGUUACUAUUCUACUUACACUUUCAGGAGAAGAUCAACGAGGAGCCCGAAAAGGAAGUUUUCACUCUUGAAGAUAUGAGAAGAUUUGUUCACGAGUAUGUCUGCAGAAACGACGAAGAGCUUGAGUCUAUUGCAACACUGAGAAGACCAGGUAGGCCCUUAACUAGCAAGCAACAAUUACAAGUUGAGAAGAAAAAACACGAGGAACAACUUUUUAAAACUGGAUGGAAAUCUCCUGAUUUGUCGGAUAAGUUGACUGUUGAAAGAUUGCGUACUUGGAAUGGAACAAGUGGUUCAGUCAAUGCCUGGAAAUUUACAUUUGUUACUAAGGAUGGAAGUUCAGUAAAUGAAGGUGAUAGCAACGCUAUGGAGGAAUAA